AUGGAGUCUAAAUUUAAAAGAAAUCCGUUGAAGAUUCAACUGUCAUCAAGCAAUGAAAGUUUAAAGUUUUUUGAAGAGUCAGGGUUGUUAAGUUGCUACGAAUUCGAUGACAUUGUAAAUCUAAACGAGAGUCCUCACAGCAAGUUAAUUAAAGAGCUUCAAGCUCAGCUUGAUAUUGUUAAUGAAGAUAGAGAAAGGCUAAAACAAGAAAAUGAAAAAUUAAAAACUGAUAUCCUAAAUUAAAUUGAAAAGGAUAAAUAUUUUUAUAAUAUUAAAAAAUAGCAAAUUCAAUUAAAAUAAUUUAAUUUUUCAAAUGUCCAAAAGGCCGUUAGCAAAAUGCAUGACGUUCAAUUUGAGCUUGUCAAGAAAAUUGCUGCAGACACACGAGAAGUGAAUAUGACGUUAAAUGAAGAAAUUAAAAGGCUUAAAGAAGAUUCUGAAAGCAAAGAUAAACUGCUUAGCUUGAUGAGGGCACUAUUAGGGGAAACUAAUCUGCAGAAUCCAUUUGUGCUAUCCUCGAAGGAAAAUAGACUUUCAAGUAUCCCAAAAAGGAAAACUUACAGUAUGUUUGGAUUAACUGAGACAGAUAAAAAGCGCAAUGAAAGCGAAAAACCAAAGCAAGAGAAAAAACAAGAUAUGGAUAUUCAUUGUAUGCAAGAAAAUUCUCCAAUUAAAAUAUGUUUAGGACCAAACACGUCCAGAAUUAAAGUAUCAAGAAAUGUGCUAAAAUAUCCAAGAUCAAGAAUUCCAAUUAGAACUGUCACUCCACCAAAUUAUUCUAGCAGAUCUGUAUCUCCUGUACCAAAUUAG